AUGGCCAAAGAUCUACCAGAUCCAUCUGCAUUUACAGUGAUCGGAUCGACUCAACUUUGGUCGAACCAUGACCUCGUGAACACGGAUGAGACAGAUCGGCCCGAGAUAUCGCAUAUUCUUCCUUGGUCUCCGGCCGAUACUCGCAGCCCCGUUCGAGCUGUUCAGAUUAGUAAUGCCCAUUCACGGUUAUCCUCGCAAGUGGAGUUCCGCGAUCGCCCACCCAUGGGGGACACCUUCGGUGCGAAUGGAGAGGCUGUGCCAACAGCUCUGGCUUCUCUAAUGUGGCUUGUUUGA